UGGAUGUUGAACAUGUUCCAGACGUCGGCUGCUCUGCAAUGCUCACAAGGUGGUUCCCUCGUCUUUCACGCACUCGACAAACAACUUUCGGCCCUUUCUGGUUACGUUGGAGUAAAUAUCACCGCAUGUACCGAGUAUUUGAACUUUCAAGAUACAUGCAAUUCGAUGUUGCUCGCAAUGAACGACUGCCAAUUAUGCAGUAUUCAAAUCAUGGAGAAAAAUGGUUGGCGGCGGGUUUCGAACCUGCACUAUACAGGAGGAACAGAUUUCGAAUCUGUUAAGUACUUCUUGGCCAUAAGGCUUAUGCUUGACGUUUGAAGACCUAUCCAUGAGCUCAUGCUCAAGUUGCGAUCAGAUAGAAAAACUAUUGUCGCCAGGUUUCGAACCUGCACGAUCCAGGAAGAACAGAUUUCGAAUCUGUUAACCACUGGGCGAGGAGUGUUGUUGUUGGCGUUCAAAGACCU